AUGGAAACCUGGUUCCUUAUCCUCCUCGCCACCCUCACCCUCUGCAUCUCUUUGCUCCUCCUCACCCUACGCUUCACGUUCAUCCCCUCCUCCUCCAUUUCCAAGGGAAAACCCACCAACCAACCCAAACUCCCUCCUGGCCCCCACCCCAUCCCUCUUAUCGGCAGCUUCUUAUGGCUCCAAAAAUCCAUCCCCGAUUUCGAGCCCAUCCUCCGAAACCUACUUGCCAAACAUGGGCCCAUAGUCACUCUCCGCUUCGCUUCUCUCCCCGCUAUCUUCGUCGCCGACCGCUCCCUUGCCCACCAGGCCCUCAUCCAAAACGGCGCCAUUUUCGCUGACCGUCCACAGGCCUUACCCACCCAGAGGAUCACCAGCAGCAACCAACUCACCAUCAGCUCCAGCGUCUACGGCCCCACCUGGCGCCUCCUCCGCCGCAACCUCACUUCCGAGAUCCUCAACCCUUCCCGCCUUAAAUCCUACUGUGGGUCCCGUAAAUGGGUUCUCGACAUUCUCAUCCACCGCAUCGGAUCCGAGUCUCAAUCUCAGACUCAGUCCAAAGGCAUCGGAGUCGUCGACCAUUUUCAGUACGCCAUGUUUUGCUUGCUGGUUUUGAUGUGCUUCGGGGAUAAGUUGAAUGAAAACCAGAUCAAACAAGUUGAGUACGUUCAGCGUCGCUUGCUUUUGAGUUUUUGGAGAUUCAACUUCCUCAACUUUUGUCCCAAGUUGACAAAAAUUCUGUUCAAAACCCGCUGGAGUGAGCUAUUUCAGCUCCGCAAGGAACAAGAAGGCGUGCUCAUCCCUCUGAUUCGAGCACGACAAAACAAGGCCAAAACUGAAAGGCUGAGCAGAAAAGGCGACCACAAAGAUGACGAAGACGACUUUGUGUUGGCAUAUGUUGACACGUUACUGGAGGUGCAGCUUCCUGACGGGAAGGGAAAGAGGAAGCUCUCCGAAGACGAAAUAGUGAGUCUCUGUUCGGAGUUUCUCAGCGCGGGUACUGAUACUAGUUCCACUGCGUUGCAGUGGAUCAUGGCCAACAUAGUCAAGUACCCACAAGUUCAAGACAAGCUCUUUGCAGAGAUCAAAGGGGUUGUGGCAGAAACAGAGGAGGAGGUGAAAGAGGAGGUGCUGCACAAGUUGCCAUAUCUGAAAGCUGUGAUCUUGGAGGGACUGAGACGCCAUCCGCCGGGGCACUUUGUGCUGCCGCACGCCGUGACCCAGGACGUGGUUUUAGGAGGGCAUUUGGUGCCCAAGAAUGGCAUUGUGAAUUUCAUGGUGGCUGAUUUGGGGUGGGACCCAGAGGUGUGGGAGGACCCCAUGGCAUUCAAGCCGGAGAGGUUCUUGAGUGGUGGUGGUAAAUGUGGAGGAGUAGAAGAAGGGUUCGAUUUAACAGGGAGCAGAGAGAUUAAGAUGAUGCCGUUUGGGGUGGGGAGGAGAAUUUGCCCUGCCUCUGGUUUGGCAAUGCUUCAUCUCCAGUAUUUCGUGGCGAAUUUGGUUUGGAAAUUUGAGUGGAGAGCCGUGGAUGGAGAUGACGUUGACCUUUCAGAGAAGCCAUUGUUCACUGUGGUCAUGAAGAAUCCAUUGCAGGCCCACUUGUCCUCAAUAGUGAAGUGA